GUCUAUCUCUGUGAUUCACCUUGGAAACUUGCACUAACCCUACCACAAACUGGGAUUUCAUGAGGUGGUAAGUACAGAUUCAUAACAAUACUAUUUGUAAGAGAAUAACAAACCACUUUAUUAUUUUCAUACAACGGUGAUAAGACCUUGAUAUGAUUAAGGACGCAUAACCAGUUUAUUUCUGUCAUACCUUGUUUUAGUGUAGAAAGAAAGUACAAAACAUGAAGCCUUUUUUCUGAUUAUCUUGUUGUCUAUGUAGAUUAAUAAUGUUGUCUAUGUAAAUUCAUAAUGUUGUCUAUGUAGAUUAAUAAUGAGCUGUUACUUUUGUACAUUGUACAUCAUUCUUAGGUGGGGAUCUAAGAGAACCCUGUCACAUUCUUCAGGAUAGAAACAAGGAAAAUAAACAUUCAAAUGAUGGCAGGUAAAAGAGUUUGGCAAAAUCAUUUGAUCAGGAAUGCUAUUGAGAAUUGCCAUAUGAUGUAAUUGUAUUGGUUUUAUGUGUCUGUUAUUCUGAAAUGUUUCUAUUCUCUCUUUUGUAGACCAUGGUGACCCAUGUAACGAGUUAGAGGUUUCUUACUGUAUGAAUGGAGGAAAAUGCUUUAAAAUUCCUUUUAUGGAUACACUUACUUGUGUGUAAGUUACUCUCUCAUCACUAUUCUCUAAUGUCUCUAACAGUGUCAGCCAUGAGCAGGUGUACAGUGUUGCUUGGCAAUGGGCUAAGGAAGUUCUGGGAACUUCUGCAUGGUGUUUUAGCCUUUGUUUUACUUCAGCUCAGACCAGGUAGACCUACCCUGGCUCUUGGUUCUCAACUGGUGACAGCUUGCUUGAGAAUAAUGCGGUUCCUUCUCCCUCAGCUGCAGUGAGAACUACAAAGGCAGUCGGUGUGAGCAGUACCAGCUGUUCACCACUGCACAUGAUGCAGGGGAGACAGGACUGAUCACUGCUGUGGUCAUCAUUGUCGUUCUUAUUCUAGUCAUGUUGGCAGUGGUAAUCUACUACACCUGCAAGUAAGUAACACAUUCAUUUAGCUUGAUUAAUUAAUCCACAAGUAUGCAGGAAUAGUGUUUUCAGGUCUGAUACAGUUUCUUCUACGUCUGUGUCAUUCCUUGUAUUUGUUUUAUUGUUAGGGUAUGGAAGGCCAAACCAAAGAACAAGCAGAAAAGCAGUGAACAACAGUAUUGGAGAGUAGAGCCCAGGGUAUGAGGCCUGUAUGAGGCCUGUUGCAUAUUGUUUUGGGGACAUUGGAUUGUAUAACAAAAUGUUUCAUGGACGGUGGUGCGAUAUGGUGUGGGUCUGGAUGCUGCUGGAGAUGCUAUGAAGGACCAGGAGGACAGAGGAGACGUAUAUCCACAAACAUUCUGCAGCAAGCGCCAAAUGUCAAGCUGCAGCCUGUUUGAGUGGCCAUCAGAAGCUGAAGCUGCUGUAGACACACAGCCAGUCAGCCACAAUACUUUUUCUCGAGACUGUGUGACUGGGUGUAGGACUGAUUACAACCUGUUACAAUGGCUGCGUUUUGGCAGCCCAAUUCUGAUCUUUUUUUUCACUAACUGGUCUUUUGACCAAUCAGAGAUCAGCUC